AAUUGCUUCGUUGCUCUCGAUCGCCGCAGUUCUUUUCUCGCAAGCGACAGCGACCUCCACUUCUUCUUUUACUCCACCUCCUCCCGGAUUUUUGGAGUCUCAAAUUCGCGAUUGGGUUCCUUUUUUCCAUCGAUUUGUUCCUGCCUUCAUCCCUCUCGAUCCAUCGGCCAUCUCGAGAAGUUCUAGAUCCGUAAAUUUUCAAUUAAGAAGCUGCUGGACGCCAAAAUCUGUACCCUAAGAAUCGAAGCGCUGACCUGCCCCUUCGUUUUUCGCCUUAUCUCAUCUUCAGGGAUGUCGGAGAAGUUCUCGCCGGCGCUGCGGCUCGUGGAUCUCAACGAUUUUAUCGCACCGUCGCAGGACUGCAUCGUUUCGCUCAAGGCCGUAAACUCCAAACGCAACAAAAGCCAAGAGAAACCCAACUUUAUCAACCAACCAUCACAAACAGAAGCUGUCAAAAUUUCACUGAAGGACUGUUUAGCAUGCAGUGGCUGCAUAACUUCUGCUGAGACAGUUAUGCUUGAGAAGCAAAGUUUGGAUGAAUUUUUGGCUCACAUUAAUUCAGGCAAUCAUGUUAUUAUAUCUAUAUCCCCACAAUCAAGAGCAUCCUUAGCUGCUUAUUUUGACCUCUCUCCAAUCCAGGUUCUUAGAAAACUAACCACCUUCUUCAAGUCUUUGGGAGCAAAAGCUGUUUUUGAUACUAGUUCUAGCCGGGAUGUGUCACUUGUUGAAUUAUGUAAUGAGUUUAUAUCUCGUUACCAGCAUCAGCAUGGACAUAAUUUCCCUAUCAUCUCAUCGGCAUGUCCAGGUUGGAUUUGCUAUGCCGAAAAAACACUUGGAUCAUAUAUCUUGCCCUACAUUUCAUCAGUGAAGAGCCCUCAGCAAACUAUUGGUGCUGCUAUCAAGCAUCACGUCGUGCAAACAAUGGGUUUCAAGCAGCAUAAUGUCUACCAUGUCACUGUGAUGCCUUGUUAUGACAAAAAGCUUGAAGCUGUCAGGGAUGAUUUUGCCUUCUCAAUAGAUGAAUUAGAAAAUAGUAAUCUCAACUCAGUCCCGAGGAUACCAGAGGUUGAUUCAGUUUUAACAUCUGGCGAAGUUCUAGAAUUGAUAAAGUUAAAAUCAAUGGAUUUCAAGGCUUUGAAAGAAGCUCCUCUGGAUAACAUGUUUGUUAAUGUCGAUGAAGGGGGACACCUUUAUGGGGUCUCAGGUGGUUCUGGAGGAUAUGCAGAAACAGUUUUUCGCCAUGCUUCUAAAAGUCUUUUUGGAGUAGAUAUUCAUGGACCACUUGAGUUUAGAACUAUUCGCAAUUCAGAUUUCCAGGAAGUGACAUUAGAAGUGGACGGUAAGACAGUUUUGAAGUUUGCACUGUGCUAUGGAUUCCGGAAUUUGCAGAACAUUGUAAGGAAGAUCAAAAUUGGGAAGUGUGAUUAUCAUUUUCUUGAAGUUAUGGCAUGUCCAUCAGGCUGCCUAAAUGGUGGUGGCCAAAUAAAACCAAAGGCUGGCCAGUCCGGAAAAGAACUAAUCCAGCUAUUGGAUUCUGUGUAUAUGCAAGAUGUAGAUGUUGCAGACCCCUUCAAUAAUCCAAUUGUGAAAAGAUUGUACGAUGAAUGGCUAGAAUAUCCCGGUUCAGAGAAGGCGAGACAGUAUUUGCAUACGGAGUAUCAUCCUUUGGUCAAGAGUACAGCUUCUCAGCUGCACAACUGGUGAUUGUUUCUUUUUUUUUUACGGUACUUGGGAUUCUAUAUUCCAAUUUCCACUGGGGGACCUGAAGGUGGUGUUCCUAUAGUCCACAACCUGUUCUAACCUGCAAAAUGAUCGAAGGUGGUGCUGCAAUAAACAAAAUGUGUUCUGACAUAUAAAAUGAUCACCAUACUAUACCAGUACUCCAUGUUAACCUUAAUGUAGUGUAGAAUCAAUUUUCCUAGAGUAGAUAUUUUGUUCUCGUCAAAUAUGUUUCUAAAAUCUUUUUUGUAAAGUGGAAGCAUCGUCUACGCAUGUAUAAAAUUUUUGGUCUGUCGUUUUUUUUUAAUCCUGUAUAAGAUUUGACGCUGAUUAUUGAUCCUAGAACAGCAGUUAUGUAAAGCUACCAAAAAGAUAGAUUGCAAGUAUU